AUGUUUUCUCAAAUUAAGUUUUCUCUGUUUAGAUUGGGGGAAUUACCAGAACCAGAUCUUUCCGGUUUCAACCCAGUUUACAGAAUAAGAACUGUUGUACUGAUCCCUAUAUCCACACAAUCAUUCCCAGAUCCAGCACUUAAAAGCUGUCCCAAACACCAUACAGGAAACAUUGAUCUCACAGAGUCGUUGGAGCCACAGAAUAAAUUUCCUUUCAAGGGAUUAAGCGGGAAAAUAAAAACGGCGGGAAACACUUUAAAAUUUUCGGCGGGUAGCGCCGCCGCUGGACUUGCCAGCCAAGUAAAGGUGCCCUGGAAGCGAGAAAACGGAUCAAGAAAUUUAGAAAAGUUGGAAAAGCGUUUACACGAAGAACUUUUAAAGCUUUUCAACGAAUCCUCCUCGUUUUAUUUUUCGUUUAACGGUGACUUAACGAACAGCAUGCAACGACAGCAUGCUGGACGGGAGAAUACCCAAGGACAAACAGUUCGUAGAAGUGUAGAUGAUAGAUUUUUCUUCAACAAGUCAAUGCUCCAGGGAAUCUUGGAUCUGAAUGAUGUAAGGUCGGAUACCUGGAUCCUACCGGUCAUCCAGGGGUUCGUGGAGAUCAAGCAGUGCAACUUGAAUGAGAGCUUUGUUGAGGAGCUCCAGCAGGUUCCAGAAAAUAAACUUCCUCAUUUCUAUACUCUUAUCCUUAUCUCAAGGAGGUCACAGUACCGUGCCGGUACACGGUACAAGAGACGAGGAGUUGAUGUAGAUGGUCACGUGGCAAACUUUGUAGAAACCGAACAGAUUCUCCUAUACCAUACAUAUGCUCUCAGUUUUGUUCAACUUCGUGGCUCUAUUCCUUUAUACUGGUCUCAGCCUGGUUUAAAGUACCGCCCUCCCCCCCGAAUACACAAGGACGAGGUGGAGAAUCAGCUGGCUUUCUCCGCCCACUUCAACGCUCUCUUCCAAACAUAUGGCGGUUGUGUGAACUGUAUAAGUCUUGUUGAUCGGACCGGACGAGAGAAAAUACUCGCGGAUUCUUACUUAGAGCAUGUAAUGAUAUAUAAUCAACCGAUGAUGUCCUACAUUUCCUUCGACUUUCACGAGCACUGUCGAGGGAUGAGGUUCGAGAAUGUCGGUAUUCUCCUGGAUACAGUUGACGAGCUGGUCCAGAGGGUUGGAUACUUCUGGGUUGAUAAUCAUGGAAAGGUACUGGAACAGGAGGGAAUAUUCCGGACCAACUGUGUGGACUGCCUGGACCGAACGAACGUGGUCCAGACCGCCAUUGCUCGGAAGGUUCUAGAAAUCCAGCUGUCCAAGCUUGGAGUGGUCCAGCCUGAAGUUGGACUCUGUUCCUCUGAGAAGUCCGUAUUCCAGUCUGUGUGGGCCAAUAACGGAGAUAGUAUCAGUAAACAAUAUGCAGGAACUAAUGCCCUGAAGGGGGACUACACUAGGACUGGGGAGAGGAACCUCUCCGGGCUCGUCAAGGACGGAGUCAACUCCGCCAGCAGGUAUUAUCUAAACCACAUCAAGGAUACCUACAGGCAAGCGGCAAUUGAUAUUAUUACCGGACACGGUAUCUCGGACGAGAUGAUGCAACAAAUAGAAGAUAAACCUAUUGAUGAUCCUGAUGCUAGUGUUAGUACAGACCAGAUCAAGGCGGUUAUAGAGGACUGUAAGAAACUGUUGAUGCAUGAUAUAUCAUUAGCCCUGGGAGCUUGGGGUCUUAUUGAUGCAGAUCCUGUAUCCGGGGAUCCAGCGCAGGAGGGAAUGGAUGUCGUCUUUAUUCUAACCCCUGACUCAUACUACACUGCCAGGUAUGAUGAGGAGGAGGAUAAGAUAGUGGACUACCAGCAGGUUCCUCUCACAGACAUCACCAGGAUAGAGUUCGGGGCCGUCGAACAGUCAUUCAACCUUUCAUUCAUGCAGAACAAAACAAAGGAUCAACAUUGUUUCAGGAUACAUUACAAGAUUGGUGACGUCACUGGGUUCUUUCAUAUGUACAGAUCUACAAACCUUAGGUUCUUUAACAAUAUGGCGGUGAUUAUAUCCUCCGAGGAGGAAAAGGUUGAGAGUUUAAAAUCUAUCGCUGAUGCCGUGGCUGUUGCAAUGGAGACUAUUGGUCUGGUUCCGGACAUGUGGUUUGGAAACCUGGAGAAGAAACGAUCCCGUCCCUUGGAUCCAGGACCUGAGCAGGAGGGUAGAACCAACAGGAUGAGAAAUGUCGGAACCGUCGCGCUGUCAAACGUGACCUCCCAGAUCUCUCGGAUGAAUCCUAUCGGGAAACUGAUGAGGAACGACAAGGAGGUCCCGGUGAGGUUCACGGACCUUCAGAAGGAGGAGGACAGGACGGAGGACACGAAGUUUCAUUCACUAAACGCGCAUAAUAAUUUACAUCCUGAGAUAACUGUGACAGAUCUUAACCUCACUACUCCUCGACCUCUGAACAGAACCCGGAAGAUAUCUAAGUCUUCCGAAGAUGUUUCCAAGAAUCCAAUCGAUAAUGUUCUCAUACCGUUUGCUAAGCUGACCCAGGGUCUGCAAACCCUCGGCUCCAACCUUGAUCAACAGCUGAGCCGGUCGUGCGAGCAGUUUAUCGGCGCCGAAGCUGGUUCUCCGGUCCGGCAACCGGAGUUCCGAAGUACAACCCCGCGGCGAGCCGGUCAUGCGCAGUAUACAAAUAUUGAUGAAAGAGUUCGCAGGGGACAGACAGUAUGCAAUUCUCUUAUUCUCAAUAUUUAAACUUUCAUUUUGCACAUAUUACUAUUUUACAUUUAAAAAUUUGCAUUCCAUUUAAAGUAUAGGAAAGAUUAUCAUAAAUACUAUUUAAUUAUUUUAUUUAUAACCAAUUUGUUUAGAAAAGACGCAAAAUUUCAUGAUAUUAAUAUUUUACCUCACUAUGCUGCCAGUCAUGGUCAAAAUAGAAGAUGCAGUUGUAAACAACAAACUUAUUUAUUCAAACCAGAAAUCACCAAAUCAAUUUUCGUUCCAGUAACAGAUGCAAACACAUUCUUAUAGUUAAUUAUUUGAAAAUUAUUGUAUUUUAUAAUUGAUAAUUGAAAGUAUUUAGUAAUGGGGAUACCGCAUAAUGUUUCAUCAUAAUUAGACAUUUCUUUGUUGGCUUCCAAUACUCUUUAGUCUUCACAAAAAGUCAAAAUGUGUAAAAUGUCGCAAAAUUGUUUCAUUAAGUUUUGUCUUUAUUUAGAGCAAAAUUUUACUCCUAAGAGACAAUUGAAUGUUAGUCAUGUUUGUUAAUCAACGAUUGGUUCCUACGUUCAGGCUUUUACCAUUUUGAAAGAGCCAAGAUUUGGCAUGUUUUGAUAAAAUCAAGCUUUAGAAAAAUAUUUUGAAAUCUGAUAAACUAUAGACAAGAUCUUAAUAUAUCCAUAACAUAG